ACGAGGGUGCAUCACCUCCUGUAGGCCUGAACUCUCCUCAGGUCUCACCCCUGACUUUCCCCCCCACUGUUGGGUGUUCUUGUUCAGUGUCCCUUCACAGUCCCAUUUGGGCUGGGCCAAAGCUGUCAGUUUGUUCAAAUCAGAAGACACUGAGCACCUCUGGUGUGCCUGGGUUUUUCUGGGCCCUGCGGCUGCUGCAGUGAACAGAACAGACCAUGCAUGCUCCCUGCCAUUGUGGAAGAAAACAGACACAGAUGAAAGGGGGAAGCCGUUCUGGGAGGUGACUGCGAAGGACAGGAUAGAGGCUGCAGGGAGGGGUCUAUUUUAGUUGACACAUCUGACCAGAGUCCUGAGGGAGGUGAGAAAGCCUGUCCCAGGGGUAGUGAACAGCCAGCAUAAAGACAGGGAGAGUGCCUGGCCCUUAUGGGCAGCUUUGAGGAGGCCCCUAUGACUGGAGCUGGCUGAGUGAGGAGCAUGGGUGGAUUAUAUGCAGAGCCUUGUGUGCUAGGGUGAGAAACCUUUGGGGGUGUUGUGAGGUAAGGAGCAACAUGAUGUGUUUUAUUCAGUAUGUCUUAACAGGAUCCCUCUGGCUGAAGGGGUCUGGGCAGAACCUGGGAGAUGGAGGAGGCCAGGCCAUGAUCAGGCAAGGGGAGGUGAUGGGGUGUUGGCAGUGGAGGAAGUAAAGAGGGCUAGGAUCUGGAUUCCCGUGGGGCUGCUCUGUCCUGCCAGCUACCUGUAGCCCUUCCAGGGAAGGGGCUUGUUUGUCCCACCUUGCAGAACAUGACAGUUGAUAUAUCAGGGGACAAGGUAUCCUAAAGGAAACCUGAUGCCCCUAGUGCCCCUCUAGUACUCCUUGUACUUCUGUGUCUUCCUGGCCUCAUUGCUCAUCCUGCUGGAGCUGAAGGCUGCCUGGCUGCCUGCUUUCCCUGGAGCCCACAAAUAUUUUAAGAUGCCCUUGCCUCCUGACCCCUUUUCAAACCUAUUAGACCUGGAGCAACAUCUAGGCCCCCCAGCUGUGGGCCCAUCUCCCAGGCCUUCCCAGGCACGAAUGCUGAGCAGCUCGGCACUCCUGCCCAUCCUAGGGCCAGGCUCCCAACCCUCUUACAACAGGGGAGCAUCAUGACUCUGAGGAUCAGGUGGUAACCAUGUGCUUGGCCCUCCACCACCCAUAGAGGCAGGGGGAGGAGGGCUGAGGUAGCACCUACCCAGCCUCACACUGCCAGAUUCAGCCUGUGGAGCGUGGGGCAUUCCAAAUACUGAGCACGAAAACACCAAACUCUCUGUCCUAGUGGAGCGAACAUUCUGGUUGGGGGAAACAGACAAGAAACAAAAUACAGAACACCACAUGUUUAUACAUUCUGUGGCGGGGGAAAAAAGCAUGAAAGGGGGACUGUGAUGAGAGUGGGAGAGAUGAUAACUUUAAAUUGGUCGGGAAUGGCCACACCAUUUGUUCCAAGUCCCGAAGGAGGUGGGGCAGGCAGUGAAGAUGGUUCUUGGAAGAGUGUUCAGGUUAAAGGAACAGCAGGUGCAAAGACCCUGAGCUGAAACCACGCCCGGCUUGAAGAGUGAGCAAACAGCCUUUGGAACAGGCAACAUGUCCCCCCUCACUUCCUGCUAACACACUGUAAGGCUUGUCUGGUUUAUUUUCCACAUCACCUCAAUGGUCUCCCUCCUACUUUCAGGAUGCUGAGCUGGCCCAAGUGUGACUUUAACCUUGGGGAUGUAGUGUGGGGGAGAGGACAUAGGAAGCCAAUGGAGCCAACUCUACCUCCUCCUCCCUCAAAGCCACCCACAGCCUCUGGAUCUUUAAAAAGAAACAUAAGUGGGAGAAGUAGGUCGCCCCUGCAGCAGCUCAGCCUCUAUUCUGGAGUAUCAGGAGGCAGAGGGAGCUGAUGGCGUCCCAGCACCUCCUUUCACUGAGCUCACCUACCCUGACCUGGGGAAAGUCUGAAGAGGGAGGAGAAUCAAAUUCAGGUUUUGGUGAGUCACACAGUCCCAGCUUCAAACUAUUCUGGUGUCUGUUUGCUGUGUGAUCUUGGGCAAGUCAUUUAGCCUUUCUGUGGUUCAGGUUCUUCAUCUAUAAAGUAGAGAGAAAAUACUGAAGCUCCUUGUAGAGUGAAGUUCUAAAGUAAGGGCACUGUUCAUACAGCCAUCGUUAACUCUGACAAAGUGGCUGUUAUUGCUUCUCUAGGUGAAGCAAUUGGCUUGUGUUUGGGGACCGUGUUUGAGAAAUACCUUGAUAGGAAGGUGCAGUGUGAUGAGAUGCUCAGGCAGGGAGGCUGUUGUAAACUGAGAGGUGUUUGUCUCCCAUCUCAGAUUCACGGUUGGGCAUCAGUUCUUUGAGUUUCCUUUUUGCACUGAGCGCUUCUAGUUGAAGUAAGUUUGCCGUGCACAGCGCUGUUGUGAGAAUACCAUUUGUGCACUGAAAGGCAGUAGGUGCAUAAUAAAUACGGGGAAAAAAAUUUUUUUUUGAUUUUCUAUUCAGUACUGAAAUUCACCAUCAGGGGAGAGGAAGAAAGAUCUGUGAUCACACGAGGGCCAAUACUGUGGACUAUACAGGCAGCAGGGGUCACAUUAUUCUGCCCUAACUCCCCGCUCCCCCGAGGCCUGCUCGGGGCCGUUGGACACUAGACAUAUUAAAAGUAGGGGGUGAGCAUUAACAAAUUUUCUCCUGCAUCUCCAACUCGCUCCCCACCUGACCCUUGUCUGAGGCAACCCCCAACCGUGAGCAGAAAACUACGGUUCGCAUCCUCUCCCGAAACCCCCAGAUCCCGUCCCAGCCCCUCAGCCUUAUUCUUCCUUCUGCUCAACGCCCAACUCUGGGGAGCUCUCCAACCCCUCAGAUUCGAGUCUCAGCCAGAGACCGUAAGCGCGGCGACGCGGGCGCACGGCAAGAUGGGAUUUGUAGUUCUAGGUCCUCACGAUGCGCGAGGGAAGACCAUUGCGCAUGCGAAGGCGGCGGCUUUCCGCACGUGUCCCUCAAACCGGUUUCCUGUCUAGCGGAGCCGGCUGAGGUGGGAAUCCAGUCCGCUACUUUAGGGAUCCCAACUCCUGAAGUGGAGUUUGGCGCCAGCUGACCCUUCCCAAAACCCUGGCGGCCCCAGUAUUCGGCAAGAGAGGGCUUAGGUACCUGUUUUUCAUGAAUGAACGGAGCCAGGACUGACUUUGCCAAUGGCAAGUGGACUGAGAAAAUUGUCCCCCUCCUCCAGGCUGGGGCAAGAAUUGACCUGUGCGUCUCCCGAGGCCAAAACGUCCCUCAGGGCAGGGCUGGGUUGUUCUUUGGGAUUAGAGCCCUAGUUGAUUCAGUGAAUUCAGUAAAUAUUGGUUUAGGGAGGAGCCAAAUACGGUAAAAGGACGGCCUUGAGCCUCGGAGUAAAAGCCACGUUUUUGAAGAACAAUUUACUGCAUAUCUUGUAAUGCUUAACUUGGAUUAUCUCAAACCCAGCAAACUAUUCUUAUACCCAUUCCACAAAUGGGGACACUAAAGCUCCGAGGGGCAUAAGGUCGCCCAACUUUUUGUCAGGAGGGCGGAGACGUGGGGAGGGGGGAACGGGGACGCUCAUGCUCCUCCCUACUCCGCUUUACUCUUAAGAGAAAGAAAAGGGGUGCCCUACUUUGUCCUCAGACGGCACAAGAAUCACGGAAUGUCUUUUUUCAUCUUCCUUCUCUUACCUAAAUUUCCUUAACUGUUUCACCUCAUUCAGCCUCAGGGAACGAAAGGAGAUAGGCCUUUUGCUCUAGCGUUUAUUUUAUUAGUUCAUUUCAUUUAAAAUUUUAUAUCCUCGUGGGUUUAUUUUUUUAUAUCCUUUUAAAAGUUGUCAAACAGUACUGGAAAAUAAAUAACGCAAAAUAUGGCAGAGGCUUCUUCAGGAACCCAGCCCGUCUCAGGCACUCCCUUUGUCUGACUUUCCCUCCUUUGUCUCGGGUAUAAAGUCCACCCCAGGCUCAGUCCCCUCCACUCUUUCUCUGCACGCACAUGUACUCCUCCCAAGUACCGUCUGGAUGGAGGGAGGAAGGCACAGUUAAAUUCUUAGAGGAGGGGGGUGACAAAGGCGCAGGUGGCUCUGACUGAAGGGUUUACAGGUCCACCAUACACCAAAAAGUCCCACGGGCCACCAAACUCCUAGUUCCAGAAAAGAGCUCCUGUCAGGCCGGCGUUGAGGCAGGCUGAGAAAACGAGAUGGUGGGAGGACCGGCCGGCCAGAGAGGCCUAGAGAGCCUGCAUCUCUCCGGUCACGUGACCCAGCCUCUGCUGGGCCUAGGUCUCCCGGUGCCAGGCCACGUGCGACGGCUGUUUCUCCUGAUUGGUUCUUCUAGGCCAGUUUGAACGGCGUACGGAAGCCUCCGCAGUUCAUAUACGGCCGCGUUUUUUUUUUUCUUUUUUUUUUUUUUUUGCUCCCUGUCUUUGGCUCCCUCCUUCCUCGCGAGUCUCAGGAGAAGCCGCGGCUUAAGGCCCCGCUGCUGCUGCCCGAGGCCGGUUCACCUUGCACCAUGGACUGGCAGCCAGACGAGCAGGGCCUGCAGCAGGUCCUGCAGCUGCUCAAAGACUCGCAGUCGCCCAACACAGCCACGCAGCGCAUUGUGCAGGAUAAACUCAAACAACUGAACCAGUUUCCCGACUUCAACAACUACCUGAUAUUCGUCCUGACCAGACUCAAGUCGGAAGAUGAGCCAACUCGCUCUCUCAGUGGCCUCAUCCUCAAGAACAACGUGAAGGCACACUACCAGAGCUUUCCACCACCUGUGGCCGACUUCAUCAAACAGGAAUGUCUCAACAACAUCGGCGAUGCCUCCUCGCUCAUCCGGGCCACCAUAGGCAUUCUCAUCACCACCAUCGCUUCCAAGGGCGAGCUGCAGAUGUGGCCCGAGCUGCUGCCCCAGCUGUGCAACCUACUCAACUCGGAGGAUUACAACACUUGUGAGGGAGCCUUCGGAGCCCUGCAGAAGAUCUGCGAAGACUCAUCCGAACUUCUGGACAGCGAUGCCCUCAACAGGCCCCUCAACAUCAUGAUUCCCAAGUUCCUACAGUUCUUCAAGCACUGCAGCCCCAAGAUCCGGUCCCAUGCCAUCGCCUGUGUGAAUCAGUUUAUCAUGGACCGGGCCCAGGCACUGAUGGACAACAUCGACACCUUCAUCGAGCAUCUGUUCGCCCUGGCCGUGGAUGAUGACCCUGAGGUGCGGAAGAACGUGUGCCGUGCACUGGUGAUGCUGCUGGAAGUGCGGAUCGACAGGCUCAUCCCCCACAUGCACAGCAUCAUCCAGUACAUGCUGCAGAGGACCCAGGACCAUGAUGAGAACGUGGCCCUUGAGGCCUGCGAGUUCUGGCUGACACUGGCCGAGCAGCCCAUCUGCAAGGAAGUCCUGGCCUCCCACCUGGUCCAGUUGAUCCCUAUCCUGGUAAACGGGAUGAAGUACUCAGAAAUCGACAUCAUCCUGCUCAAGGGGGAUGUGGAGGAGGAUGAGGCCGUCCCUGACAGCGAGCAGGAUAUCAAGCCACGCUUCCACAAGUCACGCACGGUGACGCUGCCCCAUGAGGCUGAGCGGCCUGAUGGCUCUGAGGAUGCAGAGGAUGAUGAUGACGAUGAUGCUUUGUCCGACUGGAAUCUGAGGAAGUGCUCGGCGGCUGCACUGGACGUCCUGGCUAACGUCUUCCGGGAGGAACUGCUGCCCCACCUACUCCCCCUGCUCAAGGGCCUCCUCUUCCACCCCGAGUGGGUGGUCAAGGAGUCGGGCAUCCUGGUGCUGGGCGCCAUUGCUGAGGGCUGCAUGCAGGGCAUGGUGCCCUACCUGCCAGAGCUGAUCCCGCACCUCAUCCAGUGCUUAUCAGACAAGAAGGCCCUGGUCCGCUCCAUCGCCUGCUGGACCCUGAGCCGCUAUGCCCACUGGGUGGUCAGCCAGCCCCCUGACAUGCACCUCAAGCCUUUGAUGACAGAGCUGCUCAAGCGCAUCCUGGAUGGCAACAAGAGGGUACAGGAGGCGGCCUGCAGUGCCUUCGCCACCCUGGAGGAGGAGGCCUGCACGGAGCUGGUCCCUUACCUCAGCUAUAUCCUGGACACCCUCGUUUUUGCCUUUGGCAAGUACCAGCACAAGAACCUGCUCAUCCUCUACGAUGCCAUCGGCACCCUGGCCGACUCUGUGGGCCACCACCUCAACCAGCCGGAAUACAUCCAGAAGCUGAUGCCUCCGCUGAUCCAGAAGUGGAAUGAGCUCAAGGAUGAAGACAAGGACCUCUUCCCUCUGCUGGAGUGCCUGUCAUCAGUGGCCACUGCCCUGCAGAGUGGCUUCCUGCCCUACUGUGAGCCCGUCUACCAGCGCUGUGUUACCCUGGUGCAGAAGACGCUGGCCCAGGCCAUGAUGUACACCCAGCACCCUGAGCAGUACGAGGCCCCUGACAAGGACUUCAUGAUCGUGGCGCUGGACCUGCUCAGCGGCCUGGCUGAGGGCCUGGGCGGGCACGUGGAGCAGCUGGUAGCCCGCAGCAACAUCAUGACACUGCUCUUUCAGUGCAUGCAGGACUCGAUGCCUGAGGUCCGGCAGAGCUCCUUCGCCCUCCUGGGAGACCUCACCAAAGCCUGCUUCAUCCAUGUCAAGCCCUGUAUCGCUGAGUUCAUGCCCAUCCUGGGCACCAACCUGAACCCCGAGUUCAUCUCUGUCUGCAACAAUGCCACCUGGGCCAUUGGCGAGAUCUGCAUGCAGAUGGGGGCAGAGAUGCAGCCCUACGUGCAGAUGGUCCUCAACAACCUGGUGGAGAUCAUUAACCGGCCCAACACGCCCAAGACAUUGCUGGAAAACACAGGUCGCCUGACGAGUCCCUCUGCCAUUCCAGCCAUCACCAUCGGCCGCCUGGGCUACGUGUGCCCACAGGAGGUGGCACCCAUGCUGCAGCAGUUCAUCCGGCCUUGGUGCACAUCCCUCAGGAACAUCAGGGACAAUGAGGAGAAGGACUCGGCCUUCCGAGGCAUCUGCAUGAUGAUAGGCGUCAACCCCGGGGGUGUUGUGCAGGACUUUAUUUUCUUCUGCGACGCUGUAGCCUCCUGGGUGAGCCCGAAGGAUGACCUUCGGGACAUGUUUUAUAAGAUUCUCCAUGGCUUCAAAGACCAAGUUGGGGAAGAAAACUGGCAGCAGUUCUCAGAGCAGUUCCCGCCGCUGCUUAAGGAGAGGCUAGCUGCCUUCUACGGGGUCUAGAUGAGUACUGCGACUGCCAGGUUUCUGUCUGCGUCGUCGUCAGAGGGGUUGCUGGGGAGCGCGUUGCGUCCAGAAGUCGCCGUGCCCUGGUCGAGGGGGGUUAGGGAGGAGUGAGUGGGACCCAAAUCCAGACGCCCUCCCCGUCCAUCUACCUGCCAUACCCGGCCAUAGGCCGGUCAGCGGGUGGGCAGGUGGGUGGGGCCUCCACGUUCAUCCUAUAAAUGGGAGGGGGGUGGGACUUCUUGGCAGCAAGGGCCCCUUGCUCUAAUUGGGGUCACCUCAGGCAGCCUACUUGGGCCAGCCACGUGUGGGAGGGAAGAAUCAACACGGCCGACCAAAUCCGGCUUAGGAUGAGGCAAGGGAAAAGCAGGUGGGGAGGGGGGUCCUUGUAGAGACACGUACACUCACACGUACACACGUGGCUACACGCAUGUGCGGGCGCUGCAGCCAGCCAGGCUGGGCCAGCCGCCCCACCAUUUCCCCGACUGCAUGGAGACAGUAGAAUUAGUGAACCCCUGAGUUAACUCGUAAGGCCUUCCGUGUAACCUGCAUCUAGAGUUUAAGAAGCUUCUGCUGUUUUGCCGGAAUUGGCGGUGAUUAGGGAGGGCUGGGUGGGUUGGGGACCUCCGCUGGGACCCUGGGGCGGGUGGGGGGGAAGAGGACGGCCACCUUGGGGCCGCCCAGUCAGCACGCACACGCUUUGGACCUGCUCCGCACACUUCUUGCCAGCUCUGUGGCAGCCUCAGCCAGUGUGUCUCCCUCCUUGUCCCGUCCCAGCCAGAAGAGUGGGGACCACCGAAGUGGCCGGGGCUGGCCAGAGGUCGCCCUUUUCUCCCUCCCUUGUGCUCCAGUGACUUUCGAAGAUGCUGGGCUGGAACUUUUUCCCCCUGAGGAGAGUUGGGGGCAGCCAGAGCUGCUGACAUCUACCCCUGUGUCUCUCCAUAAGCAAGUCUGUUUCAAAGGCAGUCCGUUUCUCUGCUUCCGAGAGCCCUCUUCCAGGCCUGGGUUUUAACACAAGGGCCGAGGCUGAGGCAUUUAAUUGAUGGUGAUAGAAAACCAAGGCUUAUGCUUUGCCAGCAAGAGGGAAACCAAAGGCUUGGAGGAAGGGAAGGGUGCUGUAUUCCCUUACCCGACUCUGGCCCUGGGACUUCCUGAUCAUCACAGCUCCCAGUAGGCCCCAAGACCCCACCAGAUUGGGGUAGCGAUCCUAGGGAAACUUCUGGGAUUGGUUGGGGAUGCAGGCACAGUGGGAGAGGCUCCCCUAGAGAGAGGAGGUGUGGUUGCUUCCCAGUUGGCCUCAAAACAAACCAAGCCUUGAAGCCCCCUUAAUGUUGUUUUCCUCUUCCCUUUCUACUUCUCUGGGGGCCUCUUUUUGCGGUUUUGGGGGUUUGACUGGAUUCCUGCAUUCUGGGUCCUGCUCCAUGCAUCCCUCUCGAGCACUGGAUCACACCCUCAUCACAGCCCUGUGUCUCCUAUCAGACAGGGUCAGGCCCCACCUCUCUUCCAAGGGGCACUUGGUGCACAUUCCAUAAACUCAGCUGGUUCCCCCGCUGUGAAACUCCAGCAGGUCUCUGGAAGCCAUUUGUAAAAAAAAGAAAAGAAAAAAAAAUUAAAUACCAUUUAAUUUUCUGGUAAUUCCAGUUCUUUGGAGCAUCCUCUGCUGGGUCCUGGGGUGUGUGGAUUGGCUGUCUGAUGGGAUUGGUAACCCCUUCUCCAUCCAGGAUGGGGGGCCUCCAGCCACCUUCAGGGAAGGGGAGCCUGGUUCUAGUUAUCUUUUUCUUCUUUUCUUUUUUUAAUUAAGGAAACUAUUUAAUUUUUUAAUUUAUUUUUUUGUUGAUUUUUGCACAACGAAGUUUCAGCUUCUCAACCUUUUCCCCUGCGCAGGGCUGCGGACCCUGACUGGCCUCGAUCUGCAGUCCCUCUCGUUCCCACAUCCCUCCUUCCCCCUCAUCCUCUUCUUCCUGCGGGCUCCCAGGGUCUGUCCAUUUGUUACCGUGCUGUGCUGGGGACUGGCGCCAAGGUGGCGUGAGAUUCCACUUGUGUAGAACUUUGUUGAGUAAAGAUCAGUUUCUUGUGAAA